AUGCAGUCCCUCCAAAAGAGGUUGACUGCCAUCCUGGUGCUUGUCUACUGCCUCAUACUCCCAGUGAGAGCCAGCGGAGAGGCCCAACCUAUUGGAAUCGAUUUCGGCCCUGAGAUCAUAACGGUUGCAUAUGCGUACGCAUCUGAUAAUGUCUCAAUUAUUGCCAAGGUUGCCCCCAGACGGAAUGACAAGUAUGCCAUCCACAUGCGUCACCUGCGUCAGGAAGCCUACAUACAGAACAAUGUAGCCGCCAUGUAUGAGAGCGCUGAGCUGAUCCCGUGGAUUACCAAAGCCGUGGCGGCAAGAGUAAAACUAGCUGUUUCUAGUAUUCACAGUCAGGUUUCACUAUCAGUCCAACAAAUGAUCAGCAGGUCAGAUGUUUUUCAAGCAGCAUCUGGUGCCGUGAAGGCCACUGUUCAUGCAGUGAUGGUAUUUCUAGGACUCAACAACUCCUCUUCCCCGUCGACAGCUCUAACAUUAGACGAUAUCAAGGCGGAGUUCGUCUCCGUCCUGACCGAGCUCAAAGCUCAAGCACAGAAUAACCAUGAUAUCGACAUUGAAUCCGCCACAGUCGGGAUUCCCCAGUUUUUCAACAGCACUCUCGCCGACCUCGUGUGGACGGCGUGCUGGGAAGCCGAAAUCAGCCUCUCACGUGGACCACAGGACCGGACAGUGCUCGCCACGUUCAAUCAAAGCCAGGAGACCCAGGUCGCCAAUCCCGACAUAAGAUACCUGGUCCUGGACUUGGGGGAGUUCUACCUGGACUCGCGAACGUAUAAUACCGACAGGUGCGCCGGUAUGCGAGAGGCAUAUCUCCCUAUGGAUCAGUGGGGCACUGAGAUCAUUGACCAACAGUUGACCAGUCAUUUGGUCAUGGGCUCUGAAGCUCUCAGAUUCCAGAUCUCCCUUGGAGCGCGGGAGAGCGAUCUCUGGGAGCCAAUAAAGCAAGCUCGUUUAAACAUUCGGAGCAGCGCCGAGAAUACCGGGGCGGAAGGAGUCGGCGAAAACGACAGAUAUCAUGAUGAAUGGCCGCUUGACUUGACAGGCUGGGGGUAUCAGGACUUUCAGGAGGUGAAGGCUGUUCUUACGUGGAAGGAUAUUCAAGCGGUCGAAAAGGCUUACGUGGAUAGCCUGGCGGCCAAAUGCCACAUGGAUGAGACGCACAAGGACGAUGGAAUCCCACAAAGGAUCGAUAAGCUGGUUAUUCUGACUGCCGGUCACGAUGGUCACCUGGUUAAGAAUGCAGUCCAGCAAGCGCUUGGAGACCAGAUCGAUGUCAUCGGCGGGACAGUGUAUGAUUCUGGGCUGGCUGCCAUUGGAGCAGCUCGUUCUGCAUUGGAUGAGAUCCAGAAGCAAGUAUGGAUAAAGUACCAGGGCUGGAUACAGCAUGAUGAGAUAUGA